AUGCGUUUAUUCACCCGUAGCUCAAAGUCAAAGAGCCAAAUCCCGCCCGUUAUUACCGCUGACAAUCUCGUCACGGUCGUCCCACCCAAACGCCGUUCGAUAUUCAGGACGAAGAAAUCUGAACCCAGAAUUCACAUCCCGGUCCAGGACCCAGCUAUUACUGAGCGACAGCUCGAGGUUGUCAUGUCUCUUCACCCGCUCUCGGAUUAUUCGCGGUAUCCCUCCGAGUCGUUCCCAAACAGAGGGAAAAGGAGUAGGGACUCUAGCGCGUCGGUAUCCUCAGCGUCGUCCUUGUCAAGCUUGAGUCGAACGUCUUCGCCGGUACCUCUACCGAGUGCUCUGCCGUACAAGAAGCGUAGUUCGCGUUUACAUCUUUAA